GUUAUUUGUAGUAUUACUUGGCAUUCUUCCUUGAAUAUUAAUAAACCAUUGAAUAGGUAUAAAAAGAUCUGAAUCAGACUUUAAGGACACUUAGAUAUCAAUGAUGGAGAUAACGAGAUAAGGAUUUUCAUAUAAGGAAAAUAUCAUUUUGUGCUAUCAUGGCUGAUAAAAAGGAAGAAGAAAAUAAGUCUGGUCCGAGAUAUGUAACAGUUAUUCCAGUAAGUUUUAAACGCGUGGGGUCAACGGAUCGGUAUCCCAGAAAGACUGAUACAAUGGAGACGCCACCUAACAAUGGUGGUGGGGAAGUGAAUCCGUCGUUUACUGAUGAUGGAUCAACCAGGAAGAACACGGGGAAACCAACGAAUGGAUCAUCUUCCAGAGACAAUUUAUCACCCGGUCAACCCCGGAAUAUAAAUCCAGUGGGCGCAUAUGACAAUUUAGGAUAUGAUCAACCAGAUUCAACUGGAUCAAUACGGCAAAUACAACGAGAAAAUUCGAAACAAAAUGGCCAGAAUGGCAAUACGCCUUCACCACAUUACGAUAAUGUGAAAACAAUAUCCACUCAUGAAUAUGCCAAUGUAAACCCGGCCUAUGUUGCCUCUGAGAGAGACACACAGUACACUGACUAUAGAGACAAUGCUAUUGUUGAUCAAGAUCCCGAUAGAGUCAUUCCCCUUCCUACUGGGGUAACUCGGAGGACUAACUCAACAUCCUCGCCAAACAAGGACAAAGCCAAUAAAUACCGCAUGAGUGAAAGUGAAUAUGGCACCAGUAGAGAAAUCCCUAAAAAAGAAAAUACUAAGAAGAUAAAAUGGGGAUGGGUUAUAUUUUCCUUCAUAAUAGUCAUACUUCUAUUUGCAGGAACCAUUCUUUUUGUUUAUUUCUAUUUCUCCAAAGCUUCUGAUCUCGACAAUGUCUCACCUGACUACGAAGAAGCGUUAAUGUACCAAGGCUGUAUCAAAUACAAUACAAGUUGGUCAGAUGAACUAGAUAACUCAACUUCAGAUUUAUAUAAAAGAAUAUCUAGCGAUUUUAUAAAAAAUAUAGACAAAAUAUAUAGUGAAAGUGACAUUGCAGUGAGAUAUGUAAAGACAGAGGUCUUCAAUAUAACUAAUGGAAGCCUCGUCGUAAAUUUCCAUCUUUUUUUUGAUGAUGUACUUGACAAUGUGCAAUUGACAGUGAAGAAAGUGUCUGACACUCUAAAUGAUGGCUUAAAGACUCUUGAAGAGUCCAAUGAACUUCCAUGGCCAAUAAUACGUGAAGAAACAAUACUCAUUCCAAUAUACAACAUUCCAACUACUCCAUCAAUGACAACAGACUCAGUUGAUAUGACAACAGAGAGUACCAUGACAACAACUAGUGAAACAACAACAACUAAGAGUGAAGCAACAACAACAAUAGAAACAACUCAUACAACAGUGGCUGAAAGUACUACCAAAGAUGAUACUACAACAGAAGGUGAUACUACUACUACCACAACAACUGAAAAGCCAUCCACAACCACAGUCCAUCCACUUUGUGAGAAAAUAUAUCUUGAAGAAUGUUUGAAUAUCAGUUACAGCUAUGCCAUCUUUCCAAACUUUGAGGGUCACAAUACACAAAAUGACCCAAGGGUGAAAACCAUGCUGGAGUCUUUUGCAGCUACACAAGCUUCUGGGUGCCAUGAACAUGCUUUGUUGUUUGGGUGCGCCUACAUUGUCCCCAAAUGUUUUGAAGGCUUCCGUCUCUCACCAUGUAGGCUUUUCUGCGAUGAAUUCAAUCUUGCCUGUAAUGCUGCCUACCAGUGCAUUGCUUUAGAAGAUGAAGAUGAUGAUACCUUUUGUGUCUCCCCUCCGCAACCUGAAACUCCCAUCACUACAGUCGGCCCAACAGUUCCUGAGUGCAAUGAGUAUAUGUGUCUGAGUGGAGAGUGUUUGUCUCAAGCAGUUGCAUGUGACAACAAAACUGAUUGCAGCGACAACAGUGAUGAAAUAUACUGUGGGAAAACCUCAGAAUGGGAUUGUAACUUUGAUGAUGGGUCACUUUGUGGUUAUGACGGCGAUGCAGGCAAAUGGAAUGUCUUGAAGGGCGCAACACCAUCAAUAUUGACAGGUCCCUCAAUGGACAACACACUCAAGAGUAUCCAUGGUGGGUAUGCAUUGUUUGAGGCAAGUGGGUAUGGUUCUGGGAUGCAUGGUACAUCUGCCUGGCUACAGUCUACUGUGCUUGACCUCUCCACCACUCACUGUUUGCAGUUCUAUUACAACAUGCAUGGCCAGGAUGUCAUCUCAUUGAAGAUCUAUCGCACAACUGAUGGAGUGAAGGAGUUGGCCUGGACCAAACAAGAUGACCAUGGCAACAGAUGGUUGCUAGGCUACAUAACUAUUCCACCAGGUGUCACUAGCUACUACUUUGAGACAUUACGAGGCCGAAGUUUCAGAUCAGAUGUUGCAAUAGAUGACAUAUCACUAAGACAGGGGGCUUGUCUUCCUUUCCCUGGUUGUGCCCAGGAUGAAUUUCACUGUGGGGCUGAGCUAUGCAUCCCUUCAAUUGAUGUUUGUGAUGAUUUUACUCACUGUCCAGGGAAGCAGGAUGAACUGAACUGUGAGUGCCCCAAGGGCCAGUACCACUGCAGUGAUGGCAGCUGUAUUAUGUCAGAGUGGCUGUGUGAUGGCAUGAAGGACUGCCCAAAUGGACAAGAUGAACUCAACUGCAGCCAGUGCACAUCAGAUGAGUUUCAAUGUUCCAAUGACUACAGCUGUGUAGAGACUAGGAGCAGAUGUAAUGGUACAGCUGAGUGUAUAGAUGGCUCUGAUGAGCACCACUGCUUGAGGGAAAGUGAUAGAGGUGUUGUUGAAGUGUUGCAUCAAGGAGAAUGGCUGGCUAUAUGUACACAAGAUCUAAACUACACCCCACUCACUGGACUUUGUAGAACCUUGGGGAAAGGUCAGUUGAAUGGUACGUCAUCAGUUGUCGAGUCGCGGAGCUCCUAUGCUUUCCUGACAAGCUAUACUACUGGAAUUGAGCUACAAGGUCUCGUAGAGAAACGGGCCUUGUGUAAUAAUAAUGAAGUCCUUACUGUGCAGUGCUUUAAUAGAGGCUGUGGCGAGUCUAGUCUGAAGAUUGAGCAGUUUAUCUUUGGUGGGGAGGAAGCAGCUCUUGGGCGCUGGCCCUGGCAGGUCUCUAUACAGUUUGAUACGGCACACGUGUGUGGUGGCUCACUCAUUGGACCAUAUCAUGUCCUCACUGCAGCUCAUUGCAUCUUCACAUCCCAAUUUAAUAAGUUUCAAGUUGUACUUGGUACAACGAAACGCACCGAGUACCAAGACUCAAAAGUCAAAAUUGGUGUUCGUGAGGUCUGGGUACACAAUGGCUAUAGGCAGUUCUAUAACGAGUAUGACGCAGCUAUUAUUCUCUUAAAGGAGAAGGUGGAGUACACAGAGUACAUCAAACCUGUUUGUCUCCCUGAGAAGGAUGACCUCUUUACUAGCAGCUCCUAUUGUUAUAUAUCUGGCUUUGGAUUUAUUGAUAAAGCUGAGCAAAAUCUAGCUGAAGAUCUUCAGGAGGCUAAGAUGCAAGUAGUUACGCCCUUAGCGAAAUGUGCCCGUAACUGGGGGUCGUAUGUCUAUUGGACAGACAAAAUGAUAUGUGCUGGCUAUGAAAGUGGUCUUACAACCAUUUGUAAAGGUGACUCAGGUGGUCCUCUCGUGUGUCAAGAUGAGCAUCAACGUUGGAAGCUUGCGGGGAUCACGUCAUUUGCUUGGUGUGCUAGAGAGAAAAAACCAGCUGCGUUCACUAAGGUGGCAGCCAUCUUGGAUUGGAUAGAUGCAGCCACAAGCUGUAAAUUUGUAUGUGAUAAUGGCCAAUGUAUUUAUGCUGAGCGCCAGUUGUGCGAUGGAAAGAAUGAUUGUGGGGACAAUAGUGAUGAAGAUAGACUUUGCGAUAAGUCAAUAGAGUGUUCGUUUGAAGAUGCCUAUAUCUGUGGCUAUAGGAAGCUUUCCAAAGAUACCAACUGGGAAAGGAGGAAGGGGAAUACACCCACAAGUAACACUGGACCAUUUGUUGACAAUACCUUUGGAAAUAGCUCAGGUCACUACCUGUAUAUAGAGAGUUCAGAUACAAAGCGAGGGGACCAGGCAGUAGUGUUGAGUCCAUACUACAACAGGACCACCAGGACCUGCCUACAGUUCUACUACCACAUGCAUGGGAAUGAUAUAGGACAGCUGAGAGUGCAUGUGCACUUUCCACCAAUGUCAUUAUGGUAUCUCAAAGGAAACCAUGGGAAUAGGUGGCGCCUUGGUCAGAUCACUCUUGAUCCUGGGAUUUUCCAGAUUGGCUUUGAGGCGACAGCAGAAGACGGUAUCUAUGGUGAUCUUGCAAUUGAUGAUGUAACACUCUUGGAUGGGGAUUGCCCUGUUUAUAAAUGUGAUUGGGAUGAGUUCAAAUGUGCCACAGUGGAGCAGUGUAUACCUUGGGACUAUAAGUGCAAUCGUAUUGUAGACUGUCUGGACAUGAGUGAUGAAUUCAACUGUACAUGCUAUGAUGAUGAGUUCCGAUGUAACAACAGCUUGUGUAUAGAAAAGUCUAAAGUGUGUGACAAAUAUAAUGAUUGUUACGACAGAUCUGAUGAAAGUGGAUGCUAUGAGUCUAUAAACUGCACAUUUGAGGAACCCUUCCUGUGUGGCUACAACUGGGAGAAUGAUUAUCGCUUUACUGCAGAGAAUGGUUUGGUACAUGGAAUAGGAAGGCCACAGUUUGAUGCAACAUUUGGUCACCCAACAGGGAGCUUCUUAUUUGCUAGAUUCCAGUCUGCAGUUGUGGUGUCUCCCAUGUACAGGGCAGUGAGGGUACAGUGUUUUAGAUUCACCUAUUGGGUACAUGGGAACAACAAGGGCCUAUUGACUGUCAAUCAGAGGAUCCCGCCCCGUAAUGACAAUGAGACGUCAGUGGAGUAUUCUGUCCUAAGCGUCUUUGGGUUUGAAGGAUACCAUUGGCUGACUGGUCAAGCUGAUGUUGCUGAGGGAGACUUCCAGUUGGUCUUCAGGGUUACUGCCAUCACCGCAGAUAUGCUCCUGCACAUCAGUAUUGAUGAUGUCACAAUAUUUGAGGAAGAGUGCAAAGAUAUUCCCUGUAGAGAGGGUUACUUCACAUGCAAGGACAGGUUCCAAUGUAUUCCACAGAUGUACAAGUGCAACAUUCUUAACCAAUGUUUGGACAAAUCAGAUGAAACCAACUGCACAGCAGAGGGUAUAAUCCCAUUGUUUGCCUGUUCCUUUGAGGAGCCAUACCUCUGUGGUCUCCAGCAGGAUGUACACAAGGGAUUUGAAUGGACCAUUGCCAAUGGGGACACUACAUUUGGGGAAAGGAUGCCACCAAGGGAUCAUACAUUUGAUAAUCAAACUGUAGAAUAUGUCAAGGGAUUUGAAUGGACCAUUGCCAAUGGGGACACUACAUUUGGGGAAAGGAUGCCACCAAGGGAUCAUACAUUUGACAAUCAAACUGGUAAAUACCUUGUGGCUAACAGUACAAAGGAGAACCUGUUUAUAGGUGCCAGAGGGCAUGUGCUAAUGAACAUCUCAAUUACAUCCAUACAUUGUAUGACCAUGCACUACUACAUGGAUGGCAAUGAUAUGGGAACCAUGAAUGUAUAUACCGCACGUUACCUAGGAGCAAGUCCACAACUUAUCUUUAGUACAUCAGGCAACCAGGGCCAGCAGUGGAUCAAGGCCCAAUUUGACAUCCCUGCAGACACUGAGCUGAUCACCAUUGAAGCAGUCCUUGGAGGUAUAAGGGAGAGCAAUAUGGCAAUUGAUGACAUUGUCUUGGAGGCAGGGGCAUGUAAAGCUGCAUGCCUUGAUGGUAUGUUUACAUGUGACAAUGGAAGGUGUAUACCAGAAUCUCUAGUCUGUACGAGAACUGACGAAUGUGGGGAUUUUAGUGAUGAGAAAAACUGCACAUGCACAGAUUCUGAGUUCAAGUGUGACAACGGAGUCUGUCAGAGCAUUUACUUCUGGUGUGAUGGUUACAAUCACUGCGGAGACGCCUCUGAUGAACCUAUCAAUUGUCAGUGUCGCGAAGAACAGUUCCGUUGUGGAACAGGACUCUGUAUCCCAGGAGUCUACUAUUGUGAUGGAGUUGAACAGUGUGAAGAUGGAUCCGAUGAGCCAGCCAAUUGUUCAUGUGACCCGAGAUGGAACUUUUUAUGUGACAACGGUUACUGCGUAUAUAAACAAUACAAGUGUGACGGAGUAAACCAAUGUGGUGAUUACAGUGACGAGUUGGAUUGCGUAUGCCAGGCUAGUGACUUUACUUGUGAUAGUGGGAUGUGUAUCAGACAAGAACAAUACUGUGAUGGCAAACCACACUGUUCAGAUGCCAGUGAUGAACCAGCCAACUGUACUUGUUCUGAGAACCAGUUCCGAUGUAACAGUGGUCAGUGUAUUCCUAAGAGUGACCAGUGUAACAGAAUCUAUAACUGUAGAGAUUUCUCUGAUGAGAAAGACUGUGAGUGUAGAAGUGAUGAAUUCAAGUGUAAGCUUGGUGUUUGCAUCCCCGCCUCACUCCGUUGCGAUGGCACCACCCACUGUCCUGGGGAGACAUCUGACGAAGAGGGUUGUGCAUGUGGGGAUGGCAAGUUCCUUUGUGACAAUGGGGUAUGUCUUCUGUCUUAUUACCACUGUAAUGGUCAGGAUGAAUGUGGGGACAACACUGAUGAAAUGCACUGCCAAUGUAGAUAUGAUGAAUAUACAUGCCCAGAUGGUGCAUGCAUACAGAAUGAGUUGGUAUGUGAUGGACAUAAAGACUGCACCAGUGGACAAGAUGAGGCAAAUUGCAAUACCUGUGGUGCUGAUAAGUUCCAGUGUCAGGAUUACUCCUGCGUUCCAGAGUCAGCAAGAUGUGAUGGUGUAAUUGACUGCCCCAGUAGAAAUGAUGAGGCCGACUGUGUGAAACUGACUGAGAUCUCUGGAGCUAAUAUAAAACAGAAAGUUGAUGUGUUGAAUGGUACGAUAUAUCACCCUGUAUGUGCAGAUACAUGGAAUGAGGCCUGGAGUGAUGUAGUGUGUAGCCAACUAGGAGAAGGUCCUCAAAUGGUCACCAGUAAGAGCAUACAGGCGUCCAAUAGUUACUAUAGAUUAUCUAGUAGUGCCUCAUUGCCCACCGACUUUCUGCAAGGCAAUCUAGAGAUGACAGACCAGUGCCCCAACAAUGAAGUGGUCACUACUACAUGUGAGCAUAGAGAUUGUGGCCUGAGGUCUGACAACAUUACAUUCUUCAGUGCUUUCAUCAUUGGAGGCAAUAUUGCCCUUGAGGGGGCGUGGCCAUGGAUGGCGUCCAUACAGUACUUGGGUCAACACAGAUGUGGGGGGACCCUCAUUAACAAACAGUGGAUCCUCACAGCCGCCCAUUGCUUCCACAUUAAUAGGCCUCAUUCAGAGCAUCUCGACAGAAUGCCAUACUACUUCAGCAUUGUCCUUGGCUCAGCCAAUCAGAGGACUCCAUCCACACAUGGGGUCAAGGUUUCAGUCGAAUCCAUCCACCUCCAUUCAGGCUACUCAUUUGGCUAUAAUCCUCUGUUGAAUGACAUUGCUCUGGUGAAACUUAGCAAGCUAGUUGAGUACACGGACUACAUCAGACCUGCUUGUGUGCCUGAGCCAAGGGAGAUAUGGGGCAACACGAGUGUAUGUUAUCUUACAGGGUGGGGCCACACACAAAUCUAUCAAGAAUAUGCUGUGCCAAAACUACGAGAAGCUAAAAUGAGGAUGAUACCCUCCCAAACAUGUUCUGAAAGGAUUUUAACGACGGACAACCAGUAUUUAUGCGCAGGGUAUGCUACGGGAUAUGUCGGGGGUUGUGAGGAAGACUCCGGUGGCCCUCUAGUUUGUAUGGACAUGAAUAAACGCUGGAAUCUACUAGGGACCUACAGUGGAGGACCAAUGAAUUGUGGGGUUGGUAGCGGUGUGAGACCCGUAGAACCAAAUGUGUUUGCUAGAAUAACUCACUUCUCAACUUGGAUGGAUAGUAUUAUGAGACUGAAUCGGUAAUAGGAAAGUUACAGGGGCCAGUUACUCAAAAGCAUAUACAUUAUACAUAAUUGUGAAUCUUUUAAUCAAUCAUUGAUAAUUUUGCCUUUUCUUGCAACUGAAUGAUUAACUUGAUGCCAUGAUUAAAAAGCAAUUCAUUAUCCAUGGGAUAUUUUACAUGUGGAUAUGACAUGCGGCUUUAUAAUUUCAUAAUUCACAAUAUGGUAUUGCAAACAACAAAGGCUUUCGAGUAACAUCUUUCAAAUUCAGGAUUGAACAAAAAUCACUUCCUACCUUGUAUGUAAACUUAUUACUUAUUCUACUCUGCCUGCCUAAUGAACAAACAAACAAACAAAAUUAUGCAAAGCUACAUGAAAUGUCUCAAAUUCAUCGCUUAUUCAUUUAUCUGUGGCUGUGCAGAUCACAGUGUAGAAAAGCCCAGAUUGGUUGCUGAAAAAGUCUUGUUAAGGUGUUUGUUGUAUUGCUCCAUAUGUGCAAAUAUUCUAUGGAAAAGAAAUACGGGCACAUUGAUUAUAGGUGUAUUUAUGUAGUUUAUCCGUUUAUCAUACACAUUUAUACCAUCAUUUGCUUUGUAAAGAGCCUACAUAAAAAUAUUCAAAUUUCUUAUCCUACUCUUCUUCAGUAAUGAAGCAAUCGCAUGCUACAGUAAAACCUGUCUUAUCCAAACACCAGAUGUUCAGAUUAUAGAGGUGUUCAGAUAUGCAGGUUUUACAGUAGCCCAGUGUGUGUGUGUGGUCGCUAUACAGAUAUAAUUGACACCAAAUGUGUCAACUCUUUAUAUCAUUUGAAAUCCCUGGUUAAAGAUAUUCAGAGUGGUUUUUCACUUGAUUACACUUGUAUUUAAAAAAUUAAAUCAUGUGAUGUAGCAACGAGACGUAUGUGAUAAUAGGACCAUUUUACAGUAUAUAAAGUCUGUGGUAUUUAUAAUAUUCAGGGAUAAUCACAUGUACCCAAUCUGAUAUAGAUAGAGCCUUUUUGCUUAGUUUAAGUGACUAUACGUAAGUUAAAAAUGAAAUUGCACCAUAUUGAAUGAUAAGAAAUUGUCAUAAAAUCCUUAGUGAAGAAAUUCCAUCGACAUGUAUUAUAUUCCCAUAUGUAUACUUGUAUCAUUCCAUUCUUUGAAUGGUAACUAGAUCAAUGCAUUUUUGACAUAAACGAGGCAGGGGCUUUGUUUCUUAUUAACAUGUUGUAGUACCAGUAACUUACUAGUACUUAUUGGCACUAGUGCUAACCUAUUUGUUAAGUACUACAUUUACGUUAAGUGCAGAAGCGCUUGUCAGAUGAUUUUCUAUAAAGGAGCUGCUUUUUUCAUGAGACUGAUCAAACCAGUUUAUUGUUUUCAAAAUCUUGUUUGAAUUUUCUCAGAUUCAAAAAUUUAAAUCAUUGAUUUUUUACUAUUUUGAGACAGAGAGCUUACACACUAAUUACACACUCCCUCUGGGACAUGUUUCUGUAUGUUAAUUCAACCAAUCCAUUCUCUUUUGCUUUCUACUAAUGAUUUACCCCCUAUGAAAAAUAGGUGUAUACUAUCAGGGGGAAAGUCAGGAUCUAAAAGUGCCUCGCUUGGCUACACCCGUGACUAUAACAAAAGCAAAAAUAAGUAUACAAUGUACAUAUAUUUAUAUUUGAGGUUGUGAAACUGUACUUUCGUAGAUGUACACAUAUAUAUUUUUAUAUCUAAAUGUUAUGAAAAGUGUGCCACAAGCACUACAUAUAUCACAUUAGAUACAUGUAUAUAAUAUCAUGUAAUAUCUGAACAAUGAAAGCUCAUUUUAUAUCUAGAAGUUUUAAAAUGAAUGAAACAACUGUACAGCAUGCCAUAUAGGUAUAUAUUUUAGUGGUAUACACUGUAUUUACAAUGAACAUUUUAUAGAUGAUUUAUAUUAGACUUUCUCCCACUUACAAAUGAUAUAUAUUUUGUAUUGUUCUAAUGUGUCUAGAAGUAUGCAGUACCAUAGGGGAGUUUGUCAUAAAUAUGUCUGAAGAACCGUUAAAAUAUAUUUAACAUAACACUUCAUAUGUCUAAACCUCUUAUCAGCUUAUUCACUUCAUACAAACGUGCGUAUUAGAUCGGUUAAAACAGAUAGCGGGUUUAUAUUUUAUUUAGGCAAGUGUUUGCUUUAUACAGCACUCUGAUAACCGAUACCUCAAUCUUAGGGUCUACCUAUCCAUAUGCUACAUGGUACAUAAUAUCACAUAUUAGGUAUAUCGAAGAAUGAAAAUUAUUCCAAAUAUUUAGGAUAUUCGUAUACUAUUGAGUAUGUGACCAGGUUGUGUAAACAAAUAUACAAUAUACAUUCCAAGUGAUUUUAUUCCCGUAUUGUUAGAAUUAUUGUGAUUUUCUUUAAAAUGGGGCGUGAUAAAAUCAAGGUGUUGAAUAUUAUCUGAAGAGUUUUUAAAGUCACUGUGACCUGAUAAACUUGUUUUAAAAAUGCAAUAUCUGUAGUAAAUGACAAUUUAAGAAACUAUUGCAAAAAUUAUCUAUCAUAACAUUUUUGUGUACUACAAAUGUGUAGAUUUUUAAAAAUGGUUUAUAUAAGUUGUACAUAUUAGAAAUCUUUACUAUUUUAAAGUGUUU